AUGUCCCAAUCAGCCCACAGCCGAGAGACAUCCCCACCCUCCAAACCACCACAUAAACCGGGCCUAGCCUGCGAAGAAUGCCGGAGGCGGAAGCUGCGCUGCGAUCGCCGCCAGCCCAAAUGUGGUCUGUGUGAAUCGUCCGGGGUAGAAUGCCAUAUCACCGCUCGACCACCUCGUGGUCCCAAACGUGGGUACCUCAAGGUACUGCAAGAUCGAAUUGCCAAUUUAGAAGGACUUUUGCAGCAAAACAACGGUGCAACAAAGCCACCAAGCGACGCGGGUUCUUUUGAAAAUCUGCUAUUAGACGAGCAGAUUGAUUUGCCAUCAUGGGAAUUCCCAAUCAUUAUGGAUGAAGAUAAUUCUAAUCCCUUACUCGAGGCGUGCGCCCGAACUAAGUCAUCACACUCGUCGGUUGAAUCCUCAGUGGACGGAAUGGCCGGCACUCCCAUCUCUUCUAUGCUGGCCCUCGAUUCCACACUGCCUAUCAACCCCUGGAAUCCCUUUGAAUUUGAAACCAAGAUAUCUGAUUUGAUGCAAGCCGACCUUGACCAGCUCUACUUCGACCGAAUUCACAACUUCAUGCCCAUCCUACACCCAGGCCGUUACUUCGCUUCACGAAAACUACAAAUCAGAACAGACGGCCAGUGGUGUCUACAAUAUGCGAUGUGGACACUUGCAGCCUCGGUGUCAGCCCACUACCAAAAUGUCGGGGACUCGCUUUACCAGCAUACCCGACGGUCGCUCGAGACCUUGGACUCUAAAAAUACAAACAUCGAAUUCAUGGACCUUGAACAGGUGCAGGCAUGGCUUCUUCUUGCCAUACAUGAAUUCAUGUGUGUGGACUUUCGCCGUGGAUGGAUGAGUGCCGGUCGAGCCUUCCGACUCAUCCAACUCAGCUGGCGACAUGGUACCGACAGCCCGGACCAGGCCCAAGGGGACUGGAUCGAAUCGGAGCAGAAACGAAGGACAUUCUGGAUGGCUUAUUGUUUGGAUCGAUUUGUUAGUAUGAGAAUAGGGUCCCCGCUGACAUUCAGUGAAACAAUCGCAAUCCGACUUCCAUGUCCCGAGACCAAUUUUCAAAAUGAUCAGCCCAUUCUCAUGGGCUUCCUUUCCGAGACUCUUGUCGCUGCUGGCCCAGCGGUGGUGUCUGCUUUUACCGAGUGUAUCAUUGUCGCUACGAUUAGCGGUCAUACCCUCUCUCAUCGUCAUCAGUAUCCUAUUCGAGACAUAGGCUUCAAUGCCCUGGAGGCAUUCUGGGCACAGCACCAGUGGAUACAGGUUAUUCAAAAUCAGUGGAUGGAGGCAUUCUCGUCCAAAUACUCGGCCGACAUGCAGCAGAGCGAUCCUAUGCUUCUUUUCAUUGGGCUGAUGUAUCGAAUUAUUACUCUGCAUCUAUACCAGACUACCGCCUGCAUCAUCCCUUCGGCAAAUGAUGAACAGCGCGACUCCGCCAUUGAAAGCCGAGCACGCGCAUCACUGGCAGUGAAGGAGGUCGUUGCCCUGAUCAAUCAACUAUCCCAUCUCAACUCAUUCAAGCUUCAUCCUCUUACUCCCAUACCUCUUUCGCUCUGCGUGGAGUUCUUUGUUUCCAACAAUGAGCUUGGAGAUGGUUUCGCAAAAGAGCUUAAUGAUAUAAUUCAGGCCAUUGGCUGCUUGAAGAACUUCAAUAACAUUGGAAAGGGGAUUUCACACCUGUUUGAAGAACGUGGUGUGGCGGGAGGUAAACCUACCAUUGUGCAAUAG